AUGAAUUCCUUCACCCUUGCUCUCGUUUCCAGCCUUCUUCUGGCAACGCUCGUUGUUACUGCCUCAGAUAAAAUCAGCGAGUCCAGUAUCGGAAGAUCAGGAGGCGAUUCUGCCGCUCAAGUUAGAGAAUGCUCUGACUAUGAUGACUGUGACGAGCAAAGGUGCUGCAAACACGAAACAAUAGACGUCGACGCGAUUUCAGUAUAUUGCACUCCUAAGCCUGACGACGGCGGACCCUGCAAUUCAGGAUCGGAAAACGCCGGCCAAAGUAAGUAA